GGCCUUCGGGCAAUUUCUCUCUAUCAAACGGGGUUUUAGAAGGGCUUGAGAGAUUCGGCGAUCGGCUAUCGUCUAACCGUGAGGCUAGCUCACUUCAAAAUGCCUGGAUCGUUGUCGGCUCGUGGUCAUUCUGCUCGUCGUGGGAACAUCUGGACCCUCGAGGAAGCUCGGAUUUCGUCGUGCAGUCCUGCCUCGAUCCAAGGACCCAUGAAUGGUCCGACCGGUCGCGCAUUGCACUGCGUCAACAACAACACUCUCAUGAAGAUUCUGAAGGUCUCUCUCCAAGGGAGGAUCACGGUACUUUCAUGCUUCAUAUCUUGUUUAUUCACACCUUCUUUUGAGCUGAUGACGAAACGCAAUGCAGGAAACUUGCUCAUUAGGUCAGAUUAUGCGUAACCUGAAAUGCUUACCAGCAGUACCUAGAGUAUACCAACAAGAUCGUACAUAUUCUGAGUCCAAUGAAAGCUCUCCGUCGAACUCUCCUCAAGAUUUCAACCCUUUCAAAGACGUUUGAUUAUCUCACUUUCACACUUCAGGACGGAACUCUGAACCUCAAGUGUCCGGGUCGUGCUCGUAAAGCACUCGUGACCGCGGUUGUUAGCGGAUAUCCAGACGCCACCUCGGUCGAGAAUAUGCCUCGUAACGGCAACAGCAUCUGCGAGAUCGUGCAUGAAGCUACGGGGCAAAUGACUGCGACAUACGAUCAAUCCUGGGAGAAGGUAAAACAGAGGACGAAGUCAAAAAAUCUGUCUUGGCUGAAACUCUUGCUGUUUGGGGCAUGUAUUGAAAACGUUCGACGCAAAGCGUCUGAAUCCAAGAUGUAAGCAUAGCAUGACACUCGGUUGAUGUUGAAUGUGGGAAGUCAGAGCCGAUCUGUAAGGCAGGGCUUCCUUGUACAGACAUGAAUGACACACUUUCACUGAUCUCUGUCAUCUUCCUCAGGCGCUGGAUAUCCUGACAAGUCUGGCUGGUUCUUCGGAGUUCUCGGUGUGGAAGCGAUGGUAUUUUCAGGUGUUGAAGAACACGCCGAAUUUCACGAGUCUAAGUGACUCCGAUUUCGAAGUCAAAUGGGAUGACUUUAUCGAGCGGAAUCCUCUACCGCGAGAACUCCCAACACCAGUGGGAAUGGGAACCAGUCCCGACCCACGAUACCACAAGCGAACCACUGGAGAAGGAAGUAGGGGUCGUGGAUUUGCUAAGACCCGAGGUAACAGCUAUCCGUUUUCAUCUGUUGUCUCCGAUGUUGGAAAGAAAGGAACCUUUGUUGUUUUUCGGAUGCUCGAGUGUGGAUGUAGAUUCUCCAAGAACUGUUGAAGAUUCAUGAGCAACCAUCUCAGUUUCGUCAUCCUCUCUGUCAUCGUCCGUUCAUAAUCCCAGGCUCUUCGCGACGCAACACCAGCAGCGUUUUUGCUGCCUUGUCAGGCUCUAGCAAUCGCCGCAGAACGGACAGGCGGUCAAGCAGUGUGCUUGUUGUUGCACGUCCUCACCGGCAUAGAUCUCGCGCAGAUCGUGAGGAGGAGGCGCAGGCAAUCGAAGACGCCUCGCAGCAGACGAGAGACGAGGACGUGGAGAUGGGGAAUUCGGAAGAAGGUUCAGAUGACAUCAGCAACUUUGACGACAGAUCUCGGGAUGACGACGAACACAGCGGUACUUUCCCCUUGUGUAAGUGCAUUCACUCGUGUGUGUCUUGUUUUAAUAUUCCAUAUGACGUUCACGAUCCUCCUUGCCAUUUCCCAUCCACUCCUCACAUCAUUCAUUCUCGCAAACCGCAGGCUCUUCGUCGCCGUCGAAUCCUGGAGACGACCUCCCGCCACGGAAGCGUCCGAAGAUUGACGCUGAGGCACUUCAUCGUGCAUACCCCAACGCUUCUGCGACAAGCCUGCGCGAGCCUCCGGUGACUUAUGCAGGUACUCUGACUUAUACAGAUUGCAACUAUGUGGCAUUCUUCACCGUGUAGUCUCUCUGCGUGUGGUUCUCUGUUAGUGCAUGACAUUGAUACACUGUCACACAACUCUCCACGUAUUCGAUCAAGAAAGACGGUCUCUCGUCAUCUCUUCCAACCAUAUCGCCAGGUCUCCCGCACGGCAAGCGACCAGCGCGCCGCUUGAAGAAGCGGGUCUACAACGAGCGGGAUCCGGCCAAGUAUACCAAGAAGCGCUCGGAGAAGAGCACUCCUGCUCUACCGAAGAAGCAGCGCAAGGCUGACGCCUUUGUGGACAGGUCAUCCAGCAAGCAGACGAAGAAAGAGGAUAACACUAGGAAGAAGACGAAGAAGAGCGAUCCGAAGACCAAGAAGAGGUCUUCCUACAAGAAGCCUUCGCGUCUGCGUGAUGAGCCCAUUGUUCAUGCGGAUUCUCGAAGCGAGAAGCAAGCAGCGAAGCGUGGAGGAGAUUCGACGCUCAGCCAGCGCUGGGGCUACAACGACAUGAAGGCGUCCAAGUGGAGAAGAACGCCAGCUGGUCCACAGAAGUCGACACCAGUCAAGAAGAAGAACUGGGUCGACGUCGAGGCGAUGGUGGGUGGAUCGAAAGCCCCAUCCACGAAGAAGCGGACGCUUCUGGGAGAGAAACUGACGAAGGAGACGGACGAUGUGGUCGAGGACCUCGAACACGGCGUCUUCUCGGAGGAAGAGGUCGAGAGAUCACGAUCGUCUGUCCGCGCAGCAAUCAGCUUCAGCUCUGACGAAACCGAUCGCUCCGCGGAGCCGGAAGAAGAGGUCUGCCCCACCGAAGACCAGACUCCGACCGACGAUUCGGAAUGGCUGCCACCUCCUAAGAAAGACGGCGGAAAGUAGGUGAGCGGAUGGGGAGUGUAGGUGGGGGACUUUUUCUGUCCGGCCGUGCACAGCUCCGGUAGAAGAUGGGGAAGUAGAUGUACGGUGUGGGUUGUGUAUCUCAGAUUCAGAAUGGCUUUUCUAUAUGCAAGAACAUGUAAUUUGCUCUCCGUUCUGGAUAAUGAUGGAAUUGAUGAUACACUGGACAUCUUCUACCGGAGACAAAAUGAACACUGUUUUUUUUGAAGGGUCCUUUGGAGUUGUGGCGUAAGCUCAACACAGUCACACACAGUCACACACAGCUUGCACACAAUAUGCGCCACUUCUCCAUUGGACUCCGCCUGAUGUGUCUGAGAUGAAUGACCUCUCAAGUCCUAAACACGACAAAUGUCUCAGAUGCGUCAGGCGUUUCGCAGAUAUGUACAGAAAAAGUGA